AUGCUCCCACCAAAAAACGGUGGCUCUGGCACAUCGAAGCCGUUCGCUGUAUCAUUCUCAAACACGUCCAGAAAGCCAGCGAACCCUCCGCAAAACAUAAGACCUCGCGUUAGCUCAUCGCUGAGGCAUCAUCGUCACCACAUAAGCCACGAUGAAUCCGACGAAGAGGACGAACAGCCUGUUGCCGAAGAAGUGACGGGUUUUGACAUGGGCGGGGCGAUCAGCAAAAAUGUGUCAAAAGAGAAAGAACCUCUCGUCAUCAAAGUGGAGAGCAGAAACAACUGGCGCGAUCGACCGGGUACCAAUCGCAAGGGUAGGAACCUUCUCCCGCAGGAAGUACAGGCGCAGGCUGCUGGGAAUAAUGUGGCAGUUGUGGAGACCGAGACUCCAAGUAUGGCCUAUGGCCUGAGUCUUGCCCCUGUGCAGAACGAGGGGACUGGAGAAAAUGGGUCAGAUGUGGCUAUGGCAGACACUGCUCCAAUAUCCCAACCCGAGUCUCGUGUGCCUCUUACCCAGGAUGAGAUUGCGCUUCAAGCGCUCAUUCGUGAGAGUGAAGGUGGUGAAACGACAAGGCGGUCUGACCUAGUGAUUGAGUCCACAAAAACGGAAGGCCGAUACGACGAAGCGAGCUCUUUCCGUGCAGAUGUCGCUACUCGUCCCGACCAGGCGAGCUUAGAUGCAUAUGAUGCAGUUCCAGUCGAAGAGUUUGGAGCAGCUUUGUUAAGAGGUAUGGGCUGGAAGGAAGGACAGGCUAUUGGACGAGGAAAUUAUGGAAACACCGCCGCCCCGAAUGAAGCUCGUGUUCCAGCACGCCGCCCCGGGUUUUUAGGGAUUGGCGCAAAGGAUAUUGAAGGCGCUAAAGGCGCCGAAAUUGAAAUCGGAGCCUGGGGAAAAGCCGCGAUGCGCAAAGGUUCAAGGAAAGGUGGCGAUGGUAGUGGGAAUACAGAAGGGAUUUACAUGCCGGUUGUCAUGAAGAGCAAGACGACGGGUGAACAUUUGACGGAGGAAGAAUUCAAGCUUCGUCAGAAGGAGACUACUGAACAAAAAGCAAAUGGCAGGCCAGAUGAGCGAUCUUCUCGUUCUAAUGGCCGGGAUAAAGACCGGCGCCGUUAUGAUGAUAACAGUGACACGGACCGAGACCGCAGAAGGCGACACGAUAGGCGGAGAGAUCGAAGCCGGUCCUCCGGGGCUCCUGACCGUCGGCGGUAUGACGACGAAGAUGAUGUCAAACGGUCUUCGCGGGAUCAUCGGCGGUACCGUGAUCGAGACGAUAGUGAUUAUAAGAGUAGACGACGAUCUAAGGAUCGAAGCCAUCGUGAUUCUGGAUAUUCAAGGCGGGAUGAUGAUCAUCGUCGCAUUAGAGACAGAGAUCGUGAUUCGGACCGCCGUUCAGAUAAGGAUAGGGAUAGGGAUCGUCAUAGAUGA